AGCGUUCAAAAUUGUCCUGCUCAAUCCUUACAUUUUCCGGGAGCCGGCCGUGACUUUGACCUUUCUUCCGUACCUAUUUGUAGAGUGACGAGAGGCAACAGUGACGAUGACCAUAUGACCGGACGAUGAUUUUGAUGAACGGAGGCGUGAUGGAGGACAAACAUCGUGAAGUUUUGAGAGCGAACAGAAUGAAAAUCGUUCGUGAUUUGGAUGUUGACAAUGCUACAUCAUUCUUGUAUUCGAAAAGCAUCCUAUCAGAAAAUGAUCGCGACGAGAUUAAAGCGAAUAAAACAUUUCAAUCUAAAAGUGACAAACUCUUGGAUAUUCUUCCGAGGCGAGGACCCGAAGCGUUUGGUGUUUUUGUGAAAUUUCUCGAUGAAAAUCAACCAUUCUUGAGUAAAUACCUGAAACCCGAUACAGGUUUGCAAGGUACAAAGCAACCCGUGGAUAAUAUGGAUGGUCCAUAUUUUAAUCUCGCUAGUGAAACGUUUCCCAAAGAAACAGAGGAAGAGAUAAAAUACGAAAGUUGUUCGAACACCAGCGGUAUAAACAACAGUAGCUGUACACAAGAAGAUGGGAAAUGGCCAUGGAAAGCAAAUAAAGAGGUCAAUCGUGCAGCACACAAGGAUGACAAAACUGAUAUAAAAAAGAAUUUGCAACCUAAACAUUCUUCCAGUCAUAAAGAUGCUAUCGCAAGGGAUUAUAUGUACUCAAUGACACACAGUCCACGUGGCGAAGCAUUCAUCAUCAACAAUAAAAAUUUCUUAAAGGAAUCAGGAAUGCAAAAAUACCCACGUAAGGGUACUGACGUUGAUCGUGAUGCUUUAUACGGACUGUUUACGGCCUUGGGUUUUAACACCACAGUUUAUAACGACCUAACCACCAAACAAAUCAUGGAACUUUUUCAUCAUUAUGCCUCAAUGGAUCACUCAAAUUAUGAUUGCAUAAUCUGUGCUGUUUUGUCUCAUGGUGAAGAGGGGCUUUUUUAUGGUACUGAUGGCACAAUUCUAAUCAAAGAUUUGACGAGUGUGUUUCAAGGGCGUCUUCCUGGCAAACCGAAACUAUUCUUUUUUCAAGCCUGCCAAGGAAAUGAUUAUAUGGAUGGGACAGAUGCGGUAGAUGGAGCACUUGAUGAAAUUGAUGGAAAAGGGAACGAAAAAAGUACAAUUCCUCUUGAGGCAGAUUUUAUGUAUGCAUAUUCCACUGUACCAGGCUACUAUUCAUGGCGCAACUCUGUCAAAGGCUCUUGGUUUGUUCAGGCCAUCGAUUCUGUCUUCCGCAAGUACGUUAAGUCAAUGGAUCUUCUCAGAAUGAUGACGCGCGUGAAUUGUGAAGUGGCUAAACAGAAGUCAAACACAAAUGAAAACUAUUCCGACAACAAGAAACAGAUUCCUUCAAUUAUCUCACAGCUGCGCAAGGAAGUUUACUUCUUUCCUGAAAAUGUUUUGGAGGGUCAGCCGUAAAAUUUAUGUUUUGAUUUGUUUGGAUAUUUUUUUGCAUUGGCUUGAAUGAUUCAUAUGAUCUCCACUGUACAUAUGAAAUGAUAUGUAAGGUAACAGUCGCAAUUUGCUUUUUGCAGCUUGCACAAUCUAAUCUAUGUUGAGCACAACAAUAUAACAGUUGCACUUCACAGUUUGCAUUAACUGUUCUGUGCAUUUUCUGGUUUUUUCUUUCCCCGUUUUCUUGGCAACGGAGAGAUAUUUGUAAACCUUCGAAGAGUGUUAAAAGGAAUUAAAUAAUCCACAAUAAUCAUAUCUAUAAACACGUGACAAGAAUGACGUUGCAUUUUAUACACGUUCCCUGUGUAUUAAUGCUUUUUUAUGUAAUCAACCUAAAAUAUUCUUUUAGAUUAAAAUCGUUAUACAUUAUUAUGGAGUGACAAGCGACUUCUCCUAUGAAGUACUAUAAAUGUUAGAUAGGGUAAAAGCCAAUGAAAGUUGAGAAAUAAAUGAUUUGUAGGGCAGAAA